AUGGAUUUAUAUGUUCACUACAGUAGUAGAAACCCGAACUCGAAUAAUUCUUCAUCAGUAGUCAUAACAAGCAACAAAACAUUUCAUGAAAAAUCAUCAUCACAAGUUGUGAUGGGGAAGAAAAAUAAUAAUAAAAGGAACCACCACAAAAGAAAUAACAACGACAACCAGCUGAAUGAUUAUAGCAUGAACAAAGUAGUGAAGCUGUCAACUGACCCACAAAGUGUAGCUGCAAGAGAGAGAAGGCACAGAAUCAGUGAGAAGUUGAAGAUUCUGAGAAGCAUGAUACCAGGUAGUGACACUAAGAAUAUGGACACAGUUACCAUGCUGGAAGAAGCCAUUCAGUAUGUCAAACUCUUGAAAUCCCAAAUUUGGCUUCAUCAAACUACAUUGAUAAGUUUCCAAAACUAUCAGGAUGAUCAUGAUCAUCAAUAUUAUAACUAUUGGCCACAUGAAGCAGCUGAUCAUGAUCAUCAUCUUUUCACAUGUGAUCAUGAUGGUGAUUAUUAUUACCAUCAUCAUCAUCAGCCUAAAAUGGAAAGGUUCUCACCACAUGAAUCAUCAUCUAAUUAUUGCUUCAAAGAUAACAACAUUAAUUGGUUCACUUUAUCAUGA